AUGGCUGACAUUGAGUACAUGUUUCACCAGGUAAGGGUCUCCCCUGAUGAUACAGACCUGCUCAGGUUCUUCUGGUGGCAAAAAGGGGAUAUGGAACAACAACCUGCUGAAUACAGGAUGAAGGUCAGAAAGCAGAGUAACAGCAUGAAUUCUCGCAUUGCCCAGCUCUAUGCCCAGCUGCUACAUGAAGUCAUACACAAGAAAGACCAGGCUUUGGAGCAAAGAAGGGUGGAGAACCUCCUACUGAAUGCUACAGUGCAGGCAUUGCAGGUCUCCAGUAACUACAGGGAACUGGAGAAACAAUAUGGAGCCCUCACCUCCAUCAUGAGUUCCCAGAACCAGUUUAUUGCUCGUUUGGAGAAGCAGUGCCGCUGCAGGGACUCCACCCAGUCCUCUCCGGUGACGACAGAGCCACCAAAAAGCCUAUCUAACAUGCAUCCUAAUUACAGCUCUGAGGUCAACGAAAUGACCAAUGAUGUUCAAAGAGACCAAAGUGCUCUUCCACCACAGCAGGAAAAAACAGCCCAUCCUCUCGCCACCACUACCGCCAACACUCCUACAGACCCUCCUUUCAUUAGUUUCCCUGUAACAAAGACUCCAGGUACAUUAAUUCAAGGCUUUGGAAACCUAGAUGGGGAGUACUGGCUUGGCCUGGAACACCUCUACUGGAUGACUAAACAGACCCAGUAUAAGCUCCGGGUGGCUCUUGAGGACUGGCAGGGACGGCAGGUGUUUGCAGAGUAUGACAGUUUCUACCUGGAGCCAGAAAGCGACUGGUACAGACUACGUUUAGGGCAAUACCAUGGCAAUGCAGGGGACUCCCUUUCAUGGCACAACAACAAGGCCUUCACCACUCUGGAUCGAGACAAGGACAGCUACACAGGUAACUGUGCUCAUUACCAGAAAGGAGGCUGGUGGUACCACAUGUGUGCCCACUCUAAUCUGAACGGUGUGUGGUAUCGAGGUGGACACUAUCGCAGCCACUACCAGGAUGGGGUCUACUGGACAGAGUUCCACGGAGGGUCUUAUUCCCUUCAGAGAGUUUCCAUGAUGAUCAAACCUAUAUAACGUAGUUUCAUUAUGGGCAUGUGAGAAAACAAUGCAAAUGAUGAGUUAAAUUAGACGCACGCAGUAUUUUCAUAAAAGGCCAUGAUUUUUUUUAUGACUAACAUGCUGAUAUGUCUGUCUGCUGUGUUGCAACUUCCUGACAAAAUUUGAUGUUUUCCAAUUUGCAAUGUACUUUUCAAUAAAUUUAUACCACAUUA